AUGGCCAGCCCCCGCAGGAGCCUCGAGCUGGAGCAUUUCGAGGAGAGGGACAAAAGGCGGCCGCGCUCGGGCUCCCGCCGGGGGGGCGGCGGCGGAGGCGGGGGCAGCUCCACUUGCAGCAGCGGCUCGGGCCCCAAAGGCAACGGGCUCGUGCCCAGCCCCGCGCACAGCGCCCACUGCAGCUUCUACCGCACGCGCACCCUGCAGGCCCUCAGCUCGGAGAAGAAGGCGAAGAAGGCGCGCUUCUACCGCAACGGGGACAAGUACUUCAAGGGCUUGGUCUACCCCAUCUCCAGCGACCGCUUCCGCUCCUUCGACGCCCUCCUCGUCGAGCUCACCCGCUCCCUGUCGGACAACGUCCACUUGCCCCAGGGCGUCCGCGCCAUCUACACGCUCGACGGUGGCCGGAAGCUGACCAGCCUGGACGAGCUGGAGGAGGGUGAAAGUUAUGUAUGUGCAUCCAAUGAACCAUUUCGGAAAGUUGAUUACAUGAAGAAUGUUAAUCCAAACUGGUCAGUCAACAUAAAAUCUGGGUCAUCUCGAUCCCUCACAUCUUUGACAUCUGCAAAAAGUGAAAUAAAGGAGAGUAAAGACUUCAUUAAGCCCAAACUAGUAACAGUUAUACGGAGUGGAGUGAAGCCACGGAAAGCUGUGAGAAUUUUGCUGAAUAAAAAGACUGCUCAUUCCUUUGACCAAGUGUUGACUGAUAUAACAGAAGCUAUUAAGUUAGAUUCAGGAGCUGUCAAGAGAAUUUGCACACUGGAUGGUAAGCAGAUCACCUGCUUGCAAGACUUUUUUUGUGAUGAUGAUGUUUUCAUUGCUUGUGGGCCUGAAAAAUAUCGUUAUGCUCAAGAUGAUUUUGUUCUGGAUCACAGUGAAUGUCGUGUUAUGAAAUCAUCUUAUUCCCGCUCAUCUGGCACUCCAAGGUAUUCUGGAUCUAAAAGCCCUGGUCCUUCCCGUAGAAGCAAGUCACCUGCUUCAGUAAAGAGGGGUGGCUACUACUCCAGUACUUACUCUUCAUCAAAAUCCCCAGUCAAUGGAACCCCCAGCAGCCAGCUUUCUACUCCUAAAUCUACAAAGUCUUCUAGCUCUUCACCAACAAGCCCUGGGAGUUUCCGAGGCCUCAAGAUUCCACCACACUGUGAGUCUUCUUCUAAUGUUAAUGGCAUGCCUGAACUAUCACCUUGCAUGAGUCCUGAAGGUGUGAAUGGAAACAAAUGCUCAGGGACAUCAACAAUUCUUGAGAAAUACAAAGUAGGGAAGGUGAUUGGUGAUGGCAAUUUUGCUGUGGUUAAGGAAUGCAUAGAAAGGAUCACUGGAAAGGAGUUUGCUUUGAAGAUUAUAGACAAAGGAAAAUGCUGUGGAAAGGAGCAUUUGAUUGAGAAUGAAGUAUCAAUACUGCGCCGAGUGAAGCACCCCAAUAUCAUCAUGUUAAUAGAGGAGAUGGAUACUGCAACAGAGCUUUAUCUGGUGAUGGAGUUGGUCAAGGGGGGAGACCUUUUUGAUGCUAUCACUUCCUCCACAAAAUACACAGAACGUGAUGGAAGUGCAAUGGUCUACAAUCUCGCCAGUGCGUUGAAAUAUCUCCAUGGUCUCAAUAUUGUACACAGAGAUAUCAAGCCAGAGAAUCUUCUAGUCUGUGAGUAUUCAGAUGGAACUAAGUCCUUGAAGUUGGGAGACUUUGGACUAGCCACAGUGGUUGAAGGACCACUAUAUACGGUCUGUGGCACACCAACCUACGUGGCUCCAGAAAUUAUUGCAGAGACUGGUUACGGCUUAAAGGUGGACAUUUGGGCUGCGGGUGUCAUUACUUAUAUAUUGCUAUGUGGGUUUCCACCAUUUCGUAGUGAGAACAAUGUCCAAGAAGAUCUGUUUGACCAGAUACUGGUUGGAAAGCUAGAGUUUCCUUCUCCAUAUUGGGAUAACAUCACUGACUCUGCCAAGGAGUUAAUUAGUCUGAUGUUACAAGUAAAUGUUGAAGCACGAUAUACAGCAGCUCAGAUUUUAAACCACCCCUGGGUGUCAGAUGAUGCCUCCCAGGAGAAUAAUAUGCAAGCUGAAGUAACAGGUAAAUUAAAGCAGCACUUUAACAACACACUACCCAAACAGAAUAACCCAACCGCAGGGGUUUCUGUCAUCAUGAACACAGCUCUAGAUAAAGAGACGCAGAUCUUCUGCAACAAGCGCUGUCAAGAAUCUGGGCAAGCUGCUGGGGAGCAAACCCCCAUGAAAAACGCUGCCGGUCACAAAUCUUCUGCGGUUGGGCUCAAGACACUUUGUCCUGCUGCAUCUGAGCCAUUUAAACUCUCCACGCGCCCCAUCUCAGCAUGUCAUGACGAUACCGCAGGAUUCAUGUAAACCAAGUCCACUGCUAGGUUGGAAAUCUGUCCUCCAGUGCUGGUUUCUCACCCUGUCCCUUCCAUAGAUU